AAAAUGCUAUCUAUAGUAAUAAUUGGUCUCUUGACGGCUCUACUGACGGUUAUAUACGUCUGGUACCGUUACACUUAUGACUACUGGAUGCGACAUAAAAUUCCCUUUAUAAAACCAUUCCCACUGAUUGGAAAUGUUCAAGUCCUGUUUACACUCAGCAAUAGUUUCUUCCUCUAUCUCUCCGAUGUUUAUAAGGAUUCUAGAAUGUCGAAGGCAGCUGCUGUAGGCAUUUAUAUUAUAAACAAGCCAGCUUUAGUGCUACGUGAACCGGAACUCAUCAAAUCCGUGCUGGUUCAGGAAUUUCCAAGGUUCUCUAGUCGGGUUGCCGCUUGUGAUCCACACGGUGAUACUUUGGGAUCGAAUAAUGUGUUUUUCGCACGCAAUCCCCAAUGGAGAGAGCUUAGAACAAGAAUUUCACCGGUGUUCACUUCAGUAAAAAUCAAGCAAAUGUAUGAAUUAAUGACUGAGAUUGGCUCUGAGCUAGAGUCUCAUUUUUUGAAACACACCAAGACUGGUAAUACCUACAACACCGAAAUCAAGGAGGUUUGUGCGCUCUACACCACCGAUGUGAUAGCAUCGGUCGCCUUUGGCAUACAAGCUAAUAGCAUUAAAAAUCCAAACGGUGAAUUUCGCACACACGGCCGAAACUUUAUGAAUUUUACGCUCGGUAGAGCGCUUUCCUUUUUCAUCGCAUUUUUCUACCCAAACUGGGUUAGCACAUUUAAAGUGAAAGUUUUCACGGCUGAAUUCUCUUCCUUUCUACGCAAAACAAUCGAUCAUGCUAUUACGGAAAGAGAGAAGACCGGAGCCAUACGUAACGAUUUAAUCGAUGUGUUGUUGGGUUGGAAAAAAGAGAUGCUGGCGACACAAGAGUACAAUAAAGAGGUACUGGAUGUGCUAACAGCGCAGGCAUCAGCGUUUUACACAGCUGGUUUUGAGGCGUCAUCUUCAACGAUGGCUUUUACGCUGUACGAAUUGGCCCAUCGAAUGGAUUUACAGGAGCGACUGCGCAACGAAAUUCGCGACGCACUUGUGGCUGAUCAUGGCAAACUAUCCUAUGAGACCAUCACUAAUUUACCGUAUCUGGGUAUGGUAGUAGAUGAGGUCUUACGCUUGUAUCCCGUACUACCUGCGGUCGAUCGCGAGCACAGUACGAGCGAAGGGGACAAGCCGUUUGAUCUACGACCGUACUAUGAUUAUAAAGUACCAAAUGGCAUGGCUGUUUAUAUACCAAUAUUCGGCAUACAACGCGAUCCCAAGUACUGGCCCAACCCUAACACUUUCGAUCCGGAACGUUUUAGCGCCGAGAAUAAAAAGCUACAUGAACCAAUGGCCUACAUGCCAUUUGGCACUGGUCCGCGCAAUUGUGUUGGUGGCCGUGUAGGUUUACUACAAGUCAAAACCGGUCUCGUUAACAUUUUGAAAAAUCAUUUUGUGACCGUUUGCGAUAAAACACCAGCGGAGAUAACUUUCAAUCCUUUGUCUAUACUGUUGCAAUGCAAGGAAGGCAUAUACUUGAAUGUAGUAAAUGAUGGUCUAUACGAGCAAAUUGCGAAUUCAGGACGGACUUAGCGUGGAAUUAUUAUCUUAUGAAAGUACAUAUGAUGGACUAUAUAUUGUAUAACAAAGAUUGAUAUUUGAAUUAAAGAAU